AUGGCUCUCGAUCUACUAUCGUCGCUCAUCUCUCUCCUCACCACGUAUCUCGGUCGGGUGUGCGACGACUCGUUAAAGGACCAUUUCGUUACAGUGUACGCUCUCCUGGACGAGGCGUUUAUAGGGGGGAUGCCUUUAACUUCAGAGCCUGCAAUUCUCAAGGAGCUAGUCCCGCCGCCCUCUCUGCUCACCAAGGUGGUAGACACAAUUACCGGGGGCGUGGGGGGAGCAUCAGCCACAGCCACCGCUGCCACAGCAGCAGCCAACAUGCCAGCCCAGCUAGGCCGCUUCUUUGGCGCUGCUGGCGCUGCUGUUGCCAACUCAGUUGCCCAGUCCUUCACCGGUCGCCCGGGGGGGGAAGGCAGCUGGGGAGGAGGCAGGGGAGGGGGCGGGGGAGGGGGAGGCGGAGGGAUCGGCGGAAGGGGAGGCGGAGGGGGGGCAGGUCCCUCUGGUAUGGGCGGUAUGGCCGGUGCUGGUAGUGCUGGUGCAGCAGCUGCUGCUGCUGCUGCUGCCGGUGCUGGUAGUGCUGGUGCCACGGACGAGCUGCAGAUAGAGCUACGGGAGCAGGCUAGGUGUCACCGCCGCACCGUGAGUGACCGACCGCAUGUGCAGCAGUGUUGUCACGCCUCCGAACAGUACAGUCUCAAGGGAUUGGUUGGAGUGGCUGGAUGUCACCGUCUCAAGUACUUGCAGAACGAACUGCAAAUAGAGCUUCGGGAGCAGCUGGACGUCACUGUCGCACCAACCGCGAUAGAGCUGCGAGAGCAGCUGGGUGUCACUGUGACACCAUCGGGAUUGGUGGAGCGGUGCGAUGUGUACGGGGAGGCGCACGCCACGUGUCGCAUGUCGGGGAUGCCAGAUGUCGCGCUGUCAUUCGUCGACGCGCGUGUGUUCUCAGACAUUGCCUUCCAUCCCAGUGUGCGCUACCGGGAGUGGGAUUCAGACCGUGUCGUGGCCCUCACCCCUCCUGAUGGAAACUUCAAGCUCCUCUCUUACAGGGUUCGCAGCAUACCGUGUGUACCUGUCUACGUCAAGCCGCAGAUAGCAUUCGUGCAGGACAGUGGGCGGGUGAACGUGAUGGUGGGGGUGAAGCACGACCCGGGCAAGCCUGUGGAGGGGCUAGUGCUGCUGCUGCCGCUGCCCAUGCAAGUCGCUUCCUGCGAUCUGCAGGCCAAUGUGGGGACCGUGGCGUUUGACACAGUCACCAAGCUCUGCACGUGGUCGAUCGGUCGGAUGCCCCGAGACAAGAACCCCUGUCUCUCUGGCGGGCUCCGCCUCUCCUCCCCGCUCCCCCGCCCGCACGUGCACCCGGUGCUGCUGGCGCAGUUCAGAAUCAUGGGGGCGGCGCUGUCAGGGGUGCGGAUCGAGUCUGUGGUGGUGAGAGGGGAGGAGAACCGGCGGCCACACACGGCGUUCCGAUCCGCCACCGUUGCCGGGUGCUUCCAGGGCUUCAAAGGGGCUGGAAUAGAGAGAGCAGGAGUUGAGCGAGCAGGAGUUGAGGGGAGAGCUCGAGAGGGCCUCUGGUGCGGGACUGCUGACACAGUUCAGAAUCAUGGGGGCGGCGCUGUCGGGCGUGCGGAUAGAGUCGGUGGUGGUGAGAGGGGAGGAGAAUCGCCGCCCGCACACGGCGUUCCGAUCCGCCACCGUUGCCGGGUGCUUCCAGGUCAGGACUUAAAGCGGGGAGGAGUUGAGCAGAGGGACGGAGAGGGCACGCUGGCAGUACCACAUGUGGUGACUCGAUCCCAAGUCAGGACUGAAAGGGAGGCAGUUGGGAGAGGGGUUGAGUUGAGAGGAGAACUCGAGAGGGCGCCUGGUGUGGGGGGUUGCUUCUGGCGCAGUAUCGAAUCAAAGGGACAGCGCUGUUUGGGGGUGGUGAGAGGGGAGGAGAACCGGCACUCGCACACGGCGUUCCGAUCCGCCACCAGUGCCGGGUGGUUCCCGGUCAGGACUUAG